AUGGGGUUUCAAUUGACUCGAUUUGAGGUAUUGGUUGAACCCAAACAUUAUUACAAAAGUGGCGAACGAGUCAAUUGUAUGCUAAUCAUUGAAUUGAACGGUAGUUUAAAAUGUAAACACGUUUUCAUUACAGCAAUCGGUGAAUGUCAUGCAAAAUUUUAUCGACAAACACGUGAUUUGGGAACUACACAUUUUAUGUCGAUUCCGCUCAACCUAAGAGACAUUGUAAAAACAGAUAUUAUGCAAAAUGCAUUGUACCGUGUACCGUUUGAUUUUAUUUUGCAUAAUGCAUUUUUGCCAUCGUAUAAAGUAAAAAAUGGUCACGUGAUGUAUUAUGUCGAAGCAAUCAUUGAUAAUAAACUAUUUUCUGACAAUACUUAUAAUACAAAACAAGAAUUUACUGUAAAAAUGCCCUCAAAUGUUGUGACCACACAUACCAGAGAUAGACCGGUGGCCUCAGUCCGCGAAAAUUUGCUCCGCUAUUAUGGCAUAAAAAUAGGAACCGUUAGACUGUCAGCUCAUAUGGACAAAGAUACCUACUAUCCAGGCGACAAAAUAUAUAUAAACUUUCAUUUGGCCAAUCGAUCCACAAGAGUAGUCAGAUUUUGGCCACAAGUGAUACGCAAGACAUCAUUUAAGAAAGAGUAUAUAUAUCUGGACAGCAAUGACUUGGUGUCGGCCAACUGUGCCGACGCCUGUCUCGAAAACAACUCCAUAUCAGACAUUGUCAGCAUUAGCCUACCGUUUGACUGUAUAUCCACUAUUGAUAGUUCACUCGUAGAGAUUGCAUAUACAGUCAAACUAUUUGUUGACAUUCAAAAUUCAAUUGAAUAUUUUGAUGAGAUUCCUAUAUUUAUUAGAUAG